AUGCGACCUUCUCUUUCUGGGACUGUGUCAUCACGUAUAAGUGGACUUUCAUCUUCAUUGUGGUUACUACAUAAUGAUUGCACGUUGUCUACAGGGCGACGUCAUUUCAAUGUUAUUCAGAGGGGUAACGAUCGUGAGGUGAAAUCUCUUUUCGCACUACUUGGCUUUGAUAAGGAGAGUGAGGCACAUCGUAUUCGCCGCACACGUGAAGAGCUUCGACAAGGUUUUCUUAAAGAAGCCAUGAAACUGAAAGAUCCUCAACACAAUAAGGAAGAUGCGGAAAAACUUGCACAACUGCAAAAGGCUUACACACUUCUUUCUGAUGAAAGAUUCCGUACACAGUACGCAGGACAUCACUAUGCCUCUCCCGAUGCCUCAUUAAAUGUUCUUAUUGAUGGUGGUCAAGUAUCUGCUAAUUUUAACCCUGAGCACCAAUCAUUCCAUUUUGUAGAUCAUGUCCUUUCAGCAUCUUCAGAUCCUUCUUCUUCUUCAUGUUCUUCUUCCUAUUCUGACGCUCAGCGAUCUUUUGGAGAUUUUUCAGGACCUUUCCGUUCUGCUACCGGGAUAAGUGAGAAUGCCACAGAUGCACGGCCGUACAAUGCCCGCGAGGAGCAUACUGCAGUGAAUGGUACAAACAUCAACUUUAUGCUUCGUGUCUCUUUUGAUGAGAGUAUACUUGGAUGUACUAAAACUGCUAUAUAUGAAAAGAAUGUAACAUGUUCACGUUGUGGUGGUGAGGGUAGACAAAUGUUAAAGAAUCCACGUAAAUGUCCACAAUGCCGUGGUCGCGGUUCUACACAUCUCCCUAGCGCUACCUAUCACAUUGAGCGACCAUGUGGCUACUGUAGUGGAGAUGGCCACGCCCCACCACCAAAGUGUAGUACAUGCAGAGGUACAGGAGUUCUGACUGCUCAGACAGUGCAUGUUCCUAUUGAUGUACGUCCUGGAACAACAACAAUGACAGUAAGACGAUUUCGUGGUAAAGGAAAUGAUGGGGUACGUGGAGGUACAGCUGGAGAUUUAAUCGUAACACUUUUGGUACAGGAGCAUCGUCUCUUUCACCGUGAUGGACUUGAUCUUCAUAUGGUACUACCUAUUCCACUCUCUACAGCUCUACUCGGUGGAGUGGUUUCAGUGCCAACGUUACGUGGUUUACAGCCCUUGCGAGUUCCCCCAUGCGUACGAAACGGGCAGAAAAUCGCUAUGAAUGGAUAUGGUGUUGAGCUGGACAAUAGUUAUGCAAAUAUAGAAAGCCAUGAACAAGGAAAAGGUGAUGCAAGUUCACUCCAUAACCUACAGAAAAAUCAAAAAAAUUCACCCUUAUGUGGACAUCUUUACGUUCAUCUCUUGGUUGUAAUACCCCAAAAAGACGAAUUAACAGGUAUGCAACGAAAUGCACUUGAACAAUUCGUAGAAUUGGCAGUAGAAAAUGAGACUCAAGAAACGGAACAAACCCCAUCCGCUUUAAAACAACGUUUCUUUCAAUGGUUAAAGAACACAUAA